AUGUUGCUGCCGAUCCUCACAAGUGCCCAGGACGUGCUGGAGGGCGGGGACUUGCGCUUCCAACGCGACUCGCAGCCCGUUGCUGCGUCAAGCGACCGCCACGCGUCAAAGCUGGUCCGAAAGAGACUCAAGAGACGCAAGCAGAGCUACGCCGCCGCAGUGAAGACGUCCAUCUACGGCAACUACGCCGCGUCUCGAGCGUCUUCGCGGACGGAAUCGCGCUUUGGAGGGUCAAAGUUUGGCGGGUCGCGAGCCUCAGCGUCGCUUUGGGGCGCAGUGCCGAAAGUGCCCAGGAUGUCGCUGAUCUACGACUUGCAUCGAGGUGGCGAGUCUCUGAUGAACUCGUCCUGGAUUGGCAGUCAGCAAUGCUCGACCGGUACUGCCAGUAACAACGCCUCCUGGUUGCCAGGAGCAUUUUCAACUACGAAGAGUCCGUCCCCACCGCCGUCCGUGGCUGGUACUGCGCGAGUGGCCGUGGAUUUUGGCGAGUUGCAGCAACGAGCGGACAUUGAACGCGACUUGAACACGCGCGAGUCGGUCCGACGAUCCAAGGACGAGCUCAAUCGCAAGAGCGAUCUACGGUUAAAGUUGCGGUCCCUGGCCGAUCCAACGGUCUCUCUUGACAAGGAGGAAGCCAUGAUGACAGCUUUCGGGGCAAGAGGGUCGCGCUCACGGCUUCAGCACAGUCGACAGGGAACUCGAGAUGGGAAACGUGUAGGCGGCACCAAAAGCUCAAAGGCUUCAACGCUAGCUGCGGAUGAAACGACGACGUUCAGGACGGAGGACUACGAGGGACUUACUUCAGAUGUCGUCCUGUGCAGCAAAAGCGGCGAACUCUUAGUCGGUGAAAACUGCUUUGUCGUUGAGCAGAAACACCGACGAGAAUUUCUUCUGGAUCUACAGACACGAGGAGUUGUCCAGCCUCGUAUCCAGCUUGUUGCAACCCCGAAGCCGGAUGAAGAGAUUGUUCCGGAUGAAAAUGUACCAAGCCCUGGACAUCAGCAGCCAACUCGUUCAUCUCCGCCUCCGUUACGUCCACCAGGAGCUCCAACAUCUGCGGAACAGCUCCAGAUCUCGACUCCGAGCGAUUUUGAUGGGCAGAUUGGGUCUUUUGAGUCUUCGCCUUGCCUUGCGCUUAAUCUAGAGGCUACACCUCUCGCCAAAGGCGUUGUUAUUAAACUCCCUGACACUGGAGCAGCUCGUGCUCUAGCCACCAAAACCCGGAAUGCACCGACGAAAAAGUCGCCGAAAAGAGCCCCACUCCCGGAAAGUGUAUCAAAUGCUAAGCUUGAGAAGCAUUUCAACGCCUUAAUCCAGACUCCAGGUGCGAACAAGCCUGGGCUCAGUACGUCUCAAAGCGACUCGGUAUUGCAGACACAGCGAGCUCUGCCGACUGCCGCGCCUUUGUCAACAUCACCUGCAAGCGCCCAACCACCUCAAACAACGAAGCCGAGUGGUGCAGGCAGCCCCGUACUCCCGAAACACAUUGUACGUGUUACUUUGUUAUCGAUGUGA